GCACUACACAACCAUGGGGUGCACUGCUAGAGAAAAUUGCACUGCUAAUGGGUGUCCAGCGUACUUUGACUGUCCAAGCUUAACGGAUCGUCAACCGGAUAAGUGUUAUCUGUACGGUAAAGUGUACGCUAUUGGAGAGCAAGUUCCUACCGAAGAAACAACUGGAAGUUGUGUUGCGCUGCUGUGUAGUGGAUUCGACGAAGUGGCAUCAUUCUCAAAAGCAUACAUCGAGUGUCCAGAACUGUUCUUUCCUCGUCCUAAAAAUUGCAUCCGUCAGUUUAAAAGUGACCAGUGUUGCUCCUCCAGCUUUGUUUGCGGAGACGAUCGGAACAAGUUGAAAACCUGCCAAGUUGGUAACAAGACUUACUUCGAAGGCCAGCGCUAUGACGUCGAGGGAGAUCCCUGCAAGGCUUGCAUUUGUACGGUGAAUUCGGAGGGAGUUGUGGUGAAGAAUUGUUUUGAGCAAAAGUGUACCUUCGAGUUCACCGAUAGUGAGCGCUUGCUACAAGGAGCUGCUCCAGUUUACAAGAAGGAUCGAUGCUGCCCGGUAGAUUGGAGACUGCCAUCUCCAUACGACAAAAUCUCUCAAACAGCAUGUAACGAUGAGAGCAAUAACCAUAAAUGCCAAUAUGGAAAUCUAACGCUCAACAUUGGUGACGCCUUGGAAAGUGUAACUACAUCUCGAGGAACCAUCAGCUGCCGUUGCGAGAUUCCACCAUUAGUACAUUGCGUGCUGGAAGAUGCAACCGUAAACUAA